GUAUCCGGUAUCCGGAGGACCGCAAAGCGCUGACCUUACACGCGAGGCGGCAAGCCCCGCCUACCGAGCAGCUCACGUGAUCUGGGGGCGGGACCACGUCCGGGUUCGUAGGAGUCGGAGCUAUGGCGGGCUUGGUUGACUUCCAAGACGAGGAGCAGGUGAAGUCUUUCCUGGAGAACAUGAAGGUGGAGUGUCACUAUCAGUGCUACCGCGAGAAGGACCCGGAUGGUUGCUAUCGGCUGGUGGACUAUCUGGAGGGGAUCCAGAAGAAUUUUGAUGAAGCUGCCAAGGUGCUGAAGUUCAACUGUGAGGACAACGGGCACAGUGACAGCUGCUAUAAACUGGGGGCCUAUUACGUGACUGGAAAAGGUGGCCUGAGUCAGGACCUAAAGGCUGCGUCUGCCUGCUUUCUGAAGGCCUGUGAGAAGCCAGGGAAGAAGUCUGUGGAGUCCUGUCACAAUGUUGGGCUCCUGGCACACGACGGACAGGUCAACGAGGACGGCCAGCCUGACCUGGGGAAGGCCAGGGACUACUACACUAGAGCCUGUGAUGGCGGCUAUGCAGCCAGCUGCUUCAACCUCAGUGCCAUGUUUCUACAGGGUGCCCCUGGCUUUCCCAAGGACAUGGCUCUGGCAUGUAAAUAUUCAAUGAAGGCCUGUGACCUGGGCCACAUCUGGGCCUGCGCCAAUGCCAGCCGCAUGUAUAAACUGGGGGAUGGUGUUGAUAAGGACGAGGCCAAGGCCGAAAUGCUGAAAAAUAGGGCCCAGCAGCUCCACAAAGAACAACAGAAAAACGUCCAAUCUUUAACGUUUGGGUAAUGUGUGGCCCACCCUCCCUUCCAAGCAAGGGACAGCUUGACACUGACACCUCUGCUAUGAAACCAGAGGAGCCUUGGAGGUCAGUCAGUGCCAUCUGCUCCAGAGUGUCACCUGCUGGGAGGGGCUGGAAGUGGGUGCUUUAGUAAAUAAUCCUUUGUGGGUAUUCUGUUAUGGGGGCCUUAAUUUCUAAACUGGACCUCUGAAAAAUAGGGGCAAACUGAGGAGCCUUUUGGGGUUGGGGAAACAAAGAGAAGCUGGGAAAUUUAGCAGCCACAGGCCUCAAAGAAUCAGUCAGAAGAGCUUGAAAAUUAGAAAGUGUCCUAAUUUGCAUAACAGAGGUCUUGAGGAGCUAAGAACAGCCGCAGUCACGACUGCCGCCCUCUGCCUUAUGUAACCACGGUGUGGGCUUCUUGCCUUUCCAGUCAGGCCUUUCGACAGAUUUAUAGGGAUCAGGAGCUGUGUGCCAAGUGAAGGUUGAAGGUGGUUAUACUAUGCCUGGCGGUUAGGAAACAAAACCUAAGCGUCCCCUCCUCUAGACAAGACAUUUGCAGUUCAAAAUUACCCUCCUCAGCUGCUUCUGCUCCUCAUGGGAAGACAGAUGACUCCUGAAGCAGCUGCCGCUCGGGAUCUGACAGGACAGCACAAAACAGCACUGAACAGAACCUUUUCCUUUUGGGGGUGUGGGCAGAGUGUUUCGAGACAGGGUUUCUCUGUAUUACAGUCCUGGCUAUCCCAGUACUUGCCUUAUAGACCAGGCUGGCCUUGAACUCAUAAAGAUCCACCUACCUCUGCCUCCCUGUGCUGGGAUUAACUGUCUGGCUGCUUCUGUUUUGAACAGGCCUUUGUGCUAUCUGUGCUGGCCUUAAAACUCCCAGCCCUGCCUCAGCCCACUGUGUCAGGCAGGACUGAACUUGUUAAACUGUCCAGAUGAAUGAGCUGUUUCAGUUGACUUUUUAAUCUGUUGUGCUCCUGUUCUCCAGAUCCUGGCAGGAUGGAAUGUACUCAUCAUGGUGGCUGUGCAGUUUUCUUUUUUGUCUUUGUGUUUGCCUGUGCCUUUGUAAUAUUUUUUCCUUCUAUUGUCUCUACUUGUCACUAGGGGGCGAGCUUGUCCUUUUCCUCUGACCGCUGGACCAGUGUAUCUAUCCUUACCCUGGCUUCCCUUCUGGUCUGGCAGCUGGCUGCUCUAGAAAGCAAGCUUGCCCUUGAGGGCUGUGCACACAGCCAGCUGCCCCCUCAAGUUGACACAAGGGAGGGCCUUUCCUGAGUGUGGAGAGAGCUUUUUAAAAGACAUGAAGUUUGUUUUUAGAACGUCUUGAAAAUAGCGUUUGUUGUGAUUGGCUGCCGUAGACCAAGAGGCUUGGGCAAAUAUCCUAAUCAUGGGGAAACUACACAUGAAAACCACACAAACUCUUCUACUGUCCUGGGACCACAGCGAGGAAGGAAGCAGCUGCUCCUGCAAGUUGUCCUGUGGCCUCCAUGCAGGACUGUACACACCGUGAAAAAUAAAUGGAAUAAGAAAUAAAACAGUAGACAAUUGAUUUGAUUGCAAGAUAACUGAAAGCCAUGUGCAGGAAGUGCCAGGCUAACCAGGAGUACAUAGUGAAACCCUGUCUCCACAAAGCCACCAGCCAAUGUGUGUGUGAGAUGUCCUCUGCACUGCUGCGACUCCAGAAGCCAAAACAACAAAUGCAGGUGGAAUGGAGUGACAAGGACAGCAUCGUUCAUGAGAACAAACGAUGGCUCAGCCACUUGGGAAGACAGACAGCCGAUCAGUAUUUAAGAAAACUAAACAUACAGCGUCUUUUGGCAAUCUUGCCUCUUUAUAUUUCCCCAGGGGCAUUAGACGUAGGCUCAAAUCCAGUAGGGCUGUGAGUGGCAAGCUUUGUGAUUGUCAAAGCUUGGAAGCAACAAAGUAGAUGAAAGGGUAAAUGAUACAACGGAAUAUCUAGUACUUUUUAAAAAAAAUGAGUCACAGCAGAUGCAGAGGGAUAUUACUGAACGGAAGGGCCAAAUCUGAAAGGUGACAUUCGUGAUGCCCGUUGUAUGAUACUAGUGUCCUCAAAAAAGUGGUAUCAGUAAGUUAAAACCUGGCAGUGUGGUUCAGUGGAAGAGGGCUGAGUUCCUGGGUUCUGUGGGUUCCGGGACUACAGGUAAAGCUGAGGUGGCAGGCUGCAGAGAUGGCUCAGCGGGUAAGAGCGCUCACUACUGCCCCUGCAGGGGGCUUGAGAUUGCUUCCAUCACAUGGUGCCUCAGAACCUUCUGACAGCAGCUCCAGGGGAUCUCAUACCCUCUUCUGGUCCCAGAGGCAGUAGGCACAUACAUGGUACACAGAUAUGUGACGUUCACAUGGUAGGGUGGUUAUAGUGUAUAGGUCAUGAGGCCACUUUGUAUGGUACACUGGAUGUGGUACGGGUCAUGAGCCAUCUGUCCAAAUUGGUAAAAUGUGAAAUAAGAGUAAACCCUAAUGUAAGAGAGGACUUUGGGGGACCAUGUGCUCACAAGGUUCAUUGAUCGUAAUGGGCCUUCAGGGGAAGGUGUCAGGGUGUCUCUGUGUAAGGGCUGAUUCUUCGUAUAGAAGUUGCUGCAUUUUCUCAAUUUUGCUCUGAACCAAAAGCUGUAAGAAAAUCUGUUGAAAAUGCAAUCACACCAAGAUACUACCUCACACCCGGUAGGACCACUACUAUUAAAAUAGAUGUCGAGUAUAGAGAAAUCGGGACCAUUAUGCCCUGCUGAUGAGAAUGUGAAAAUUUAGAAAUAAACUGCAUUUUGUUUACGAAGUUGCUUGAAAAGAUUUGUGGCUCUUAUCACAGCAGAGAGAGGCCUGGACUUCGCUCUUCUGAAUGUGUGCAGUUCUGGGCUAGGCAGAGGCAGACCAAGCCUGUGCGUGUAGAGCACCUGACAGUAAGAAGAGGAAACUUUAAAUUAGCCCUGUGAGCUAGUAAUUCCAUUCCUGCACACCUGUCCGCAGGAACUGCAAGCUGGAUUUCUCUGUGUGAAAAACACAGGACGCCGUACACAGUGGAAUAUAACCAGCUUUGGCAUGUGCCUGUGUGUGUCCAUGUGUCAGAUCCCCCAGGACUGGAGUCACAGAUGGUUGUAAACCACCAUGUGGGUGCCAGGAAUUGAACCAGGGUCCUCUGGGAGAGCAGCCAGUGCUCUUAACCCCUGAGCCAUCUCUCCAGCCCCCCAGAUUAACUCUUUUUAAAAUUAAGAAUUGGGCUGGAUGGCAGGAGGCAGGCAGGUUUCUUUGAGUUCGAGGCCAGCCUGGUCUACACAGUGAGUUCCAGAACAGGCUCCAAAGCUACACAGAGAAACUUUGUCUCAAAAACUCAAAACAAGUUCAGAAUUGAGACUGGAGAGAUGGUUAAGAGCACUUGCUCUUGCAGAGGACCUGGGUUAGGUUCCCAGUACUCACUUGGUGCCUUACAACCGUCCCUAACUGCAGUUCCAGGUAAUCAAUCCAGCACCCUCUUAGACCUCUGCUGGCACCAGGCACACGUGGUGUAUAUAUGUAGAUAGAACAUGCAUAUAAAAAAUAAAUUUUUAAAAAAUUAGGAAUUUGAAGCCGGGCGGUGGUGGCGCGCGCCUUUAAUCCCAGCACUCGGGAGGCAGAGGCAGGCGGAUCUCUGUGAGUUCAAGACUAGCCUGGUCUACAAGAGCUCGUUCCAGGACAGGCUCCAAAGCUACAGAGAAACCCUGUCUCGGAGAAAAAAAAAAAUUAGGAAUUUGAGCCAGGUGGUGCUAAUACAC